AUGAUGUCCACGCGAACUAAAACAGGCUGGCAGGGAGCAUCACAAAACCAUACAAGCCCGGUUCGAGCCUCGUCCCUCCAAAUCAACAAGCAUGUCGAGCACAACAAUCAGUAUGUCCUUCCGCCCCCCAAGUUCGCUGAUAAGGAAACAGUGGAGAGCCUGUCCGACCCUGAAACCCUCAAAAGGACCCUGGGCCAAGAGGAGUACUAUCAGGACCUUAUUGCCAUCUACGAGCGUGACGAGUUCGCUCGCUCCAACUACCCGCACAUGUACCAAGGCUAUGUGCAUGCUAUUAUGUACACGGGGUUAGGUCUGGAGUUCAACCAGUCGUCCAUUCUCGUCGAGUUUAAGACCCCCGAGGCGACCUGGGAGGUCAUCAUGGCGGACAAGAAUUUCCGCCCUCCUAUGGUUGAUCCCGACGAGGACCUUGAGCGGGCCACCGCUGAGGUCAUCAACACAAGCACCUAUGUCACCUGCUCCGCGAUGUUGCCGCCGCACGAGUUCCGCGUUGCCUUUUUCCUCGUGCGCGUUGCCAACGCCUCUCAUUCGCUAUAG